AACAAAGUGCGUGCUAGAGCUGAGUUCAACAGCUGCAGUGCAUUGUGAGGCAGGGUCUUGCUGUCCAUGCCGGCAAAUCUGUGCAGGACUUGGAAUGAGAAUUCUGAUAUUGUUGACACCUUAGUGCUUAUGUUAUUGACGAGGCAGCUGCUCGCCAAGGUAAAUAAAAGCUUUCUGCAGUCAUGCCGAGGCCAAGUCGGAGUGUGUAAAUUGCUUUCUUUUUCUCAUUCGAUGGCUCGCGUGGAGAGAUUUCACUGCAGGUCAGAGUACUUUCGGCGUUGAAGCUCGAGUCGGUUAUAGGGUAAACAGAAAGUACAUCGUGACAGCAUGGGGGAAUUCCUUCAAAUGUCUGGAAAUUACUUAAAGCAAGCUCCGCCAUGCUCUACAGAAUUGCCUAACAACAAAAGCUUCUUCCCGUCUUGUUGCUAUACCUUGGAUUUAAUUAACACGCUAAAUCCCAGCACAAUCUACACUCACCAUGUAUCUCUCCAACAUUCUUCCCCUUGUCCUCCUCAACCUCGCCACAGCUGCCCGUCUUCCCAGAACAUCCCCCUUCCACCGCGACCAAGCAGUGCCCCUCUCCCUACUAGCCAAGCGCGCUUGCGGCGAGACCGCUGUUCAGGUCUGCUACGCCCAGGAGAUCGACCCAGAGGACAUCGCCUACGCAGCCGCCUUCCUCCGCUACCAGGCAGACAACAACGACAACCCAAUCUGGCACAUGCCAUCCGAGUUCGACUGCAGCGAGUGGACACUGCCCCUGGCGGGAGCAGGCACCGUUUUGGCCCUGGCGAAACAUAUCAACCCCCGCACAAAUUCCGGUGUGACAUACACGGAUCUGGCGCGUACGAUUGAUGGUGGUGCGGAAGCGACGCCUGCACAGCUGGCUGCGAGUUUGUUGGGCUCAUGUGGAAAAAAGGGAGGACAAAUGGGAGUUACAGUUGAUUUGACCGAUCCGGGGUAUAAGACACCGGAAUAUCUUGCGAGUGGGAUGAAGCCGACAAAUAUAAUUGUCAAAUUGGUGCGAGAUCCGGCUUCCUUGUAGAUGAUGGGCUUCUGCAAUUGCGUCUUGGAGAAAUACGCGUUGACGAGGGUGUGCUUCGUUGGUGGGAGGUGGAGUUAUAAUUCUACGUCAGGCACUGGCAUCAGUUAGAUAGAAGUCGACCAAUUAUUGUCCAAAGCAGAAUAGUGCACACUUCAGGAGAAGGAGACGCUUUACCUCAAACGAAAAAAG